GACCGUGACCGUGCCCCUGCCCGCCCCCUUCCGUCCGACCCCCAGCAACAUGGCGGCGCUCGUACGGUUUGUGAAGCGACUGCGGUUUCGGCGCUUCCCACGCCCUGGCCACUCGGCGGCUUUCAGGCAAGAGGUGACCGGCCUCGUGCCGUUCAGCCUUUCUAGGCCUUUCUUCAGCAAUGUGCGUUUGUGUGGAGUUGCCACAGAACAGAGGACACUUGUCAAAGAUGAAGGAAAUACAGCGGUUCGAGCUAAGCAAGCGUUGCAAUUUGACUGGGCCUUGAACAAGCUUGAUUCCUCCGUUCGAAGAACCGGUCGUAUCACAAAAACCUUGCUGUUUAAAAUUUUUCAUGACAUCUGUCGAACAGGCUAUCCUAGUGGCAAUCAAGCUUUGCUCCUGUUGCGUAGCUGUGGCUCCUUGCUUCCAGAAAUGCACUUGCCAGAAAGAACAGAAUUGGCUCACAGAAUCUGGGACAAGCUUCAGGAGUUAGGUGCUGUUUAUGAUGUGAGCCAUUACAAUGCUUUGUUGAAAGUCUAUCUUCAAAAUGAACACAAGUUUUUACCAACUGAUUUUCUGGCAAAAAUGGAAUCUGCAAAUGUGCAACCUAAUAGAGUUACCUUCCAAAGGUUAAUAACAGCAUAUUGCAAUGAUGGAGAUAUCGAAGGUGCAAGCAAGAUUCUUGGUUUCAUGAAGGAUAAGGAUCUGCCAAUCACAGAGGCGGUGUUUAAUUCCUUGGUGACAGGGCAUGCACGAGCUGGUGACAUGGAAAGUGCAGAGGGCAUUCUAAAUGUGAUGAGAGGAGCAGGGAUUGAGCCUGGCCCAGAUACUUAUGUUGCCUUACUGAAUUCAUAUGCUGAAAAGGGAGAUAUCGAAAAUCUGAAACAGACACUGGAGAAAGUUGAAAAGACAGAUGCCAGCCUGAUGGACAGAGACUUGAUGCAAAUUAUCUUCAGCCUGGCCAAGUCUGGCUAUCCACAAUACAUUCAGGAUAUUGUGGAACGGAUGAGACAUGACAGGGGAUAUGUACCAGAUGCAAUGAAUCUGUGCUUAGCCCUGAUCACACAAGGUUUGGAAGAAACAGCUUUCCAAGUGUUGAAAACCUUUCCCACAUUUCAGUCUGAGAAUCAAAAUGGGGAACCAUUAGAUUGUGGUAACUUCUUCAUCAGGCACUGUGUCAAUUUAGAAAAGCCAGUCGACAAACUGCGACAAUUCUGUGAGGGACUAAAGGAGACCAAUUUGCAUUCUGCUCCUUUUCAAUUUGCUCUUUAUUGCACUCUGGAUGCCAAAAAAGAAGCAAUGUCUGUUGAGCUUAUGAAGAUCAUGCAGAAGGCAGGUUUACCUGUCAGACCUCAUUACUUUUGGCCUAUAUUGGCACAACAUCAGAAAGAAAAGAAUGCACAAGGGACAGUAGAAAUACUGAAAGUUAUGCAGAAUCUGAACAUCGAGCCUGAUGUGGAGACUUUUGCAAAUUAUGUCCAAUCAGCAUUUGACAACGCAGAGCAAGCUCGUGUCCAGCUUGAGGAAAAUGGAUGUCUGGUCAACACAGUUGGAUACUAUGCCUCUGAACUCAGAACAGAAGCUCUUAAUGGACAUUUAGACAAGGUUUAUUCUAUGUUGUCCUCACCUGAAAACCCUCUGCUGGAUUUAAGUAAUUUCAGAGGAAGUCUUAUUUUAGGCUUUAAGAGGUCAAAAGAUAUUGAUAUUCUUGUCAAGAUAACAGAAUUGUUGUACAAAGAUGAACGUUUUUGCCAGAGUUCCUCAGGACCGACUGAAGCCAUUGGCUAUUUUCUUUAUAACUUGAUUGACAGCAUGAGUGACUCUGAGGUACAGGCCAAGGAGGAGCAAUUGAGACAAUACUUCCAUCAGUUGAACAAGAGGGAUAUUGUUAUCCCUGCAAAUCUCUACAGAGGAAUUCGAAAUUUGCUGGAUGCUUACCAUGUCCCUGAGUUAAUUAAGGAUGUUAUUAUUUUGGUGGAUGAACAGGAUAAGCUUUCUGAUGCUGAUCUCCCAAAAGGGGCUGAAGCUAAAAUUGUUGCCCUGGAAACAAAAUUGGCAGAGCUAAAAAUGGAGAACAAAUCCAUUGGAGAAACACUGAAACAAUUGAUCCUAUUACUAUGCGAGACAGAGAAUUUGCAAAAAGCCCUUGAACUGAAAGCUCAGUACGAAUCGGACAUGGCUAUUGGUGGCUAUGCUGCACUAAUAAAUCUUUGCUGUCGACACGAUAACGCAGAAGAAGCACUGAACCUGAAACAAGAAGUGGACCGUAAAGAUUCUUCAGCUAGCCUUGAUACAAAUAAGUACUUGGCACUUGUGAGGGUCCUAGCCAAGCAUGGUAAACUGGAAGACGCAAUUUCAAUCUUAAAGGAAAUGAAGGAGAAAGAAAUUGUUCUACGAGACACAACUAUUACUUCAUUUUUCCAUAUCCUGAAUGUUGCAGCCUUGAGGGGAGAAGCAGACACGGUGAAGAAGCUACACGAAACCAUUGUAAAUUUGGGGUUAGCCAAACCCACUGCUAAUCUCUGUUCACCAUUGAUUACAGUCACUCUUGAUCAGGGGAAUAUACCCGCAGCACUAGAUGCAAUUAUCGAUUGUCACAAGAGAUACAACCAGAUGCCGAGACUCCAUGAUGUAUUGUGCAAGUUGGUUGAGCAGGGAGACACCGAUCUGUUGCAAAAAGCUAUGGAUUUUGUGAACCAAGAGCGAGGUGAAAUGACAAUGCUAUAUGACCUCUUUUUCGCUUUUCUUCAUACUGGGAAAUACAAAGAGGCAAGAAAAAUUAUUGAGACACCUGGCCUGAGAGCACGUCCAGGGAGACUUCAGUGGUUUGCCGACAAGUGCACAGCCACAAAUCAGGUUGAAGCACUCGAGAACAUGGUAGAAAUGACGCAGAAACUAUUUGAAUGUGACAGGGAUCAAAUGUACUACUAUCUUAUGAAAUAUUUCAAGGAAAAUAAUGAUUGGCGAAAAGCUGACGCAACGUGGACCAAAAUGCAGGAGGAAAAUGUGAUUCCCCGAGAGCGAACUCUGCGGAUACUUGCGGAAAUACUCAAGAGCAAUGGUCAAGAAAUUCCAUUUGAAGUUCCUGAGACAUGGUAUGAGGAUACAUCCACUUCAUCUUCUGUUGCUCAAAGAGGACAAACAAGAAUUCCUGAUUUGCCUGUUGACUCGGCCAGUGACUUUCAACGCAGACUGCUCAAACUUUCCAAGAAAAAUAAUAUUCAAGAAGCCCUUGAAGUAUUCCACGAAGCUGAAAAGAAGGGUCUACUACUGAGCUUAGCUGUUUAUUCAAGUUUCAUAAAUGCUCUUCUAAGUCAUGGAUUAUUGGAGGAAGCCAUGGAUGUCAAAAGCAAAGUUGAGACCCGCAUCAAGGGCUUUACACUGAACGACGCUGCCAACAGCCUACUCAUCAUAACGCAAGUUAGGCGGGAUAAUCUGAAAGAUGGUGUGGCAGUUCUGAAGGAGAUGUUGCAAACUAAUCAAGUGCCCAGCCAGCUUGCUAUUGCACGACUAAUUCAGGCUUUGGGUUUGAAGGGAGAUGUGGAGCAAAUUCAAUCUCUGGAGAAGUUGAUGGGAAACAUGCCACAAUCGAUCAAUUUAUCUAAGAUGCUAUUUGUCAACAACUUAGUCCUGGCUCACAUAAAGAGUGGUAACAUUGAUGCAGCUGUGCAAUAUGUUGAGCCCUUGUACAUUCCAAGUGAAAAUUCUCAGCAACAGCUAACAAGCAUGUCCUACGUAUUCCGUAAGGUUAUGGAGGGAAAAUGUGAUGAAGCGGUCGAUAAAUUGAGUGCCAUGGCUGAACGGUUAGCGAACCAUUUUGCAGUGUACACACCUGUAGUAGAUCUCUUUCUACAGUACAUAAAUGGUGACAGAACAGAUGAUGCCAAAUUUAUUUUAGAGAGAUGCCCUGCAAUUGCAGAGCAGAAAAGGAGUUUGGUUUCAUUCAUUACAAGGACUGCACAGAAAGCUGGACAGGCUCACAAAAUACUUGGGCUACUUGAUCUGAUCCAGGACUUUCCAGAUAAAGAAACUGCAUAUGCAUACCUAAUGAAGUGUUAUGCAUUAGACAAUAAUGUGGUCUCUGCGAAGGCUUUGUAUGAAAAGGUUAAAGAAGAGAAAAUGGUACCAGAUGAGUUAUUCCUGAAGCGGCUUGCUGGGCUAUUGAAAAAUUCGGGAGAAUCUCUCUCCUUUACUGAGCCACCUGAGAGCUUUAAAUUUUAUGCAGAAAAGCUGAAGCGAGAAAAAGCAGCAGGAUCUUCUGAAGAAGACUAAGAGGAAGAUUGAACUGAUCAGACACUUUUAUACUGUUGAAGAGCGAAAAUGAUUGUGUAUUUCUGAAAUGUGGUGACUAAAUAUAUGUUUGACUGUAUAGGGUAUUUAAUGUGACAAAUAAAAAAAAUUGGAGGUGCAAA